UACUAUUCAACGGGCAGCGUGCCAUCAUUACGGCCGCAUCGACAUGGACAUCAUGACGCCCAUGAAGAGGGUGAGCUAGACGACGAAGACGCUCCUAACGAAGCACUCGAAUUUCAUGCUAACGGCAGCUCCCACGACCACAUCGGAGAACGUGUGGUGGCUGACGAAAUAGCUAAGAAAGUUAGGGUCUUUUGUUGGAUUCUCACUGGAAAGCAGAAUCACGAAAAACGAGCGAAGCAUGUGAAAGCUACAUGGGCUAAACGCUGCAACAAAUAUGUAUUUAUGUCAUCUGAAAGCGAUCCUAAUCUUCCGGCAAUCAAUCUGAAUAUUUCUGAGGGACGCGAUCAUCUUUGGGCGAAGACAAAAGCAGCAUUCAAGUAUCUGCACGAUCAUUACUUGAACGAAUACGAUUGGUUCCUGAAAGCCGAUGACGAUACCUACGUAGUGUUGGAAAACUUGAGGUAUAUGCUUCUUGCUCACUCGCCUGAUCAACCAGUCCAUUUUGGCUGUAAGUUCAAGCCGUUCACGAAGAAGGGCUAUCACAGUGGUGGUGCCGGUUACGUCCUUAGUCGAGAAGCUCUGAAGAAGUUUGUCAAAGAAGGCUUAACCGAUCCGAAGAAAUGUUCUCCCAACCACGGCGGCGCGGAAGACGCUGAAAUGGGGAAAUGUCUGGAGAAGAUUGGCGUCGUGGCUGGCGAUUCGCGAGACGGUGAAAAGCAUCACAGGCACGUUUUUCUGGGUUUUCUGAACUUGAAAUGCACUGCAAAUCAAAAGAACGGUCAACAUGGGUAG